GGGAAUGGUUGGGGGUUGAUUAAAAAAAAAAGUUCUCCCCUUUUUAAAAAGGGGAGGGGGGAGAAUCAGACGUUAAAUUCUUUUGCAAACAUUCAUGCCUAAGGAAGGGCUGGAACAGGCAGCCCCGGCCGCCGGAACCGGUCGGACAGGUAGCGAGCUUGUUGACACCGUUAUGUUGCAGGGCGCAUGCUCACUCCCAAGUUUCCUGGUGCCUUUUCUAUUCCACCUUAUGAAACUUUACCACGGCGUGGUCUCACCCGCGGUUUAAGGCAUAGGUGUCGCCGAGCCGGGAGUCUGGGAGUCGCCAGUAGUGCCGGAGGGAGGCCGGGGCCGCGCUGCGGCGGGGGGCGGAGGGAGAGGGUCGGCGAGGCGGGAAGGUGGGCUCUGGCCGCCAGGAGCUGGGACCCAGACAUCGCUGCGGUCCCUAGCGGCUCGGCCCCUCCCUUCGCAGUGGGUCUGGGCCGUCUGCUCUGCGACCCCCCCGAGGACUGCCGCAGCGACGGCGGCAGCAGCAGUGGUGGCGGCAGCAGCAGCGCGGGGGAGCCUGGAGGCACCGAGAGCAACUCGUCCACGCGUACCCCCGAGCGCGAAACCCCGGAGCCUGGAGAUGCCGAGGACCCCGGUGGACACCUGGCGGCGAAGCAGCGCCCGGUCGCCAGAUCGAAAAUCAAGUUCACCACAGGCACAUGCGGCGACUCGGCAGUUCACAGCUGUGACCUGUGUGGCAAGGGCUUCCGCCUACAGCGUAUGCUCAACCGGCACCUCAAGUGCCACAACCAGGUGAAGAGGCACCUGUGCACCUUCUGCGGCAAGGGCUUCAAUGACACCUUUGACCUAAAGAGGCACGUCCGCACGCAUACAGUUGGAAGGCUCUGGCUUGGCCAUGACCAACUGGUGAUGUGUCUGCCCCUUGCCCUUGCAGGCAUUCGCCCCUACAAAUGUGACGUCUGCAACAAAGCCUUCACCCAGCGCUGCUCCUUGGAGUCCCACCUGAAGAAAAUCCACGGGGUGCAGCAGCAGUAUGCCUACAAGCAACGCCGGGACAAGCUCUAUGUCUGUGAGGAUUGUGGCUACACAGGCCCCACCCAGGAGGACCUGUACCUGCACGUGAACAGUGCCCACCCGGGCAGCGCGUUUCUCAAAAAGACAUCCAAAAAACUGGCAGCCCUGUUGCAAAACAAGCUGACAUCCGCACUCCAGGGGAAUGCCAACCUGAGCGAGGAGGAGGAGAAGUGAGGAGGAGGAGGAAGGGGGAGACGCCAAUGCUAACACGUUUACAUGGACUUUUGGUUUUGAGGGUCCCACUGGCUCUUUCUAAUUACAAGUGUUCAGUUUAUCUCUCUGUCCUUUUGGGGCCUUGGCAGGGGGAUCUGCUCCAAGGCUGUCAGUUGUAAUGAGUGUGUCAGGUCCCCCGUCACCCAUGCCCUGUUGAACACACUCAUGUUAAGGAAAGUUGAUCGGUAGGUGGCUUUGAUCACCGUGCAGAACUUUUUGUGUGUUUUUUAGGAUUUUCAUAUAUGGAAGCAGAUGUGUUCUUAGAGAGACCAUCAUAAUCUGGUGCCUUGAAAUAAAAGUACUUCCACUUGAAAUGCUACUUAAGUGAGAAAAGUGAAUUUUA